UUUCUUCUCUAAUCGUGCAGGAUUAUGGGUCGAUCAUGGCGGAUUGCAUCUGUUCGUCUCUCUAAGUUUCAGUUUAUUUUAAUCUCCUCGUAAACUGUGCAAUUUCGAACUUGUAAUCGUGUAUCUGUAUUAAACGAAAAGUUUAGGCUUCACAAAUGCUGAAACAGUUGCAAAUGGGCCUUCGUGCGUUUUUAUUACUCGCUUCACGAGUGUGGACCUGUGUUUGUUAUGUGCUUAAGAAGCAGGUUAGAGCAUUUGUUCAACAUCAACCAGUCAAAUAUGAAAUAUAUCCCUUGUCACCAUUAUCAAGACACAGGCUAAGUAAGAUUUACCUUCAUUUUGUGCCAUAUUUUAAACAUCCUUUCAAAAGUCGGUUCUGUAGGCUGACACUGAAAUCUAUUUGUGUUUUUACAGAUAUUGUAAAGCGCAAAGUUCUUGUUCUGGAUCUGGAUGAGACACUUAUUCAUUCUCAUCAUGAUGGAGUUGUGAGACAGACAGUCAAACCAGGCACUCCUCCAGAUUUUGUGCUGAAGGUCACUAUUGACAGACACCCUGUCAGAUUCUUUGUUCACAAACGGCCUCAUGUUGAUUUUUUCCUUGAUAUAGUAUCUCAGUGGUAUGAAUUGGUGGUAUUUACUGCAAGCAUGGAAAUAUACGGAGCAGCUGUAGCAGAUAAACUUGAUAACAGACGUGGAAUUUUAAGGAGACGCUUCUAUCGGCAACACUGCACUUUAGACUGUGGCUCUUAUACAAAAGAUCUUUCAGUCAUUCUGGAUGAUCUAUCCUCUGUAUUUAUUUUAGACAAUUCUCCUGGAGCCUAUCGAGCCUUUCCAGAUAAUGCGAUUCCUAUCAAAUCAUGGUUCUCUGAUCCUAUGGAUACAGCAUUGCUCAAUCUUCUCCCUGUGCUUGAUGCGCUAAGAUUUACUCAGGAUGUAAGGUCAGUGUUGUCUCGAAACCUUCAUCUUCAUCGUGUUUGGUAGUAAGAUAUAAGUUUUUUCAUUAUUUAUUUCUGGAAAUUGCUCUGCUUUUUAACAUAUUUGGUCAUGAUUUAGUUCGGAAGGGAAUUUUUUAAUUGCCACCAUGUGUCGGCCAUAGUUGAGUGGGAUGCGUAUUUGUAUGAGCAAGUUUGAGUAUUGUAUGUAUGUAUGUAUGAAUGACUGUGUAUGUUUUCAUGCAAAUGCAUCUGUACAUGUUUAUGUGUGAGUGAGUUUUGGGAGGGGUGGUGGGGAAGUAAAUGACAAGAUUAUCAAGAGAGUGAACAAUAAAAGCAGGUGCAAUAAAUUUUUAUCAAAGACAGGAGCGCUAAUUACUGGACAUAGAUGGAAGUUUUCAGGGAACAAUUCCUUGUUAAUCAUUUUGGCUUGGAUUGCUACACAGCAGUUCAGUUAUGUCAUCCAAUGUUUUGGGAUUGAGAAACCGCAUUCAGUCUUUUCUUGGUAAACUUGUACAUUUGAGGGCUAAUUGUACAUUUGACAUGAUGGGUAGGAAGAGCUUUACCUAAUUCUAAAGCUGUGAAAGUACAAUUGAUUCAUCAGUCUUUUUAAGACCCGUACACUUGACCCUUGGGCUCGAUUUUUAAAUAUAUAUAUAUAUAUGUAUGUAGCUAAGAUAUUAAGCAUUUCAUUAUCAUCCCAUUAAAUCUUAAGUAUCAUUUCAGCUGCUAUGAAUUCCUUGACGACUGCCAGAAGGAGAUCUUAUGGCACAAAAGAUGUUGACAAUAUUGCAAUGGUUCAAGCACUUCUCUUUUUUUUCAUUCAUAUACCUAUUACCUCUAAGUACAUAGGCUCUUUAUCAUAUAUUACUUAUGAGUAUUUUAAGUCUGAACACUUAUGUCAAGUUUGUUGUUGAUGCAUUCACAAGUCAUCUUCCUUGAGGCAUCACUUCUAUGAGACUCUUGUCUCUGUUCUCUCCCUCCUUUGUUAUGACUGUAAAUAAGAAACUAUUAGAUUUGACUUGGACAAAAAAUUAGUGAAUUGUACCUUCCUGUAAAGUUCGAAUCCUGGACUACCCACACCCAGUGACUCCGUAAUUUCUCUCAUAAUGUAUUUUGUUGAGUUUCACCUUUGUGUUCCGAGGACUUAGGUUUAUGUUUAAUAAUAUGGUGGUUGUGUUCUACUGUUUAUUUUAAAAAAAGAAAAAUAAUGAGAGGGUUUGAGAUUUUACACAGACUCCUGUAAAACAUAAAAGUGUUCCCUCUAGCUGAUAAAGCAAACUUUCUCAGACAAUAUCGGAACAAAAUGUGGUGAAAUUUUAAUUUUAUAUCUUAUAUAACUGCUGGUAUCUAGCCAUUUUUGUGUACCUGGAAUUCAUACAUGUGAAAAAUACUUCUAUGCUGUACUACUUGUUUGAACUGUGGAAACUUUUUUUCUAAAUUACCUCAGUUUCUGUUAGUGCAAAGCAGUAUUUCUGUACACUUAAAAGAUCCAAGUCCAAAGUUGAAAGCUCAUCCUCCACUAUGCAGGAUGUUUUUCCUAUCUUUCUUUAUUUUGUUGUGUUGCUUAGCUUCCAGUCCUCAGAUGUCUGUAAUAUUCAUACAGAAUUUAAAAGUUGUUUUCCUAGAUGGUGCGACUGUCAAGAAUUAUGAGUCAAAAAUAGAGGUAAUGUGGAACAAACCUCUUAUUUUGGUCUAGUUCACUACUGUAUAUUUUAAUACCUAAGAAAUUUGAUUACUCCCUGGUUACUAGUCGACAGUGUCCAUUGUUUACACUUUAAUAUCUUGUAUAUCUGUUAUAUUCUGCUGUUUACUUAAAAUUGAGAGAAUCAACUGGCCUGUGAUAUAAUUAAAACAGGAAAGUGCUCUCCUUGUUCUCAUGUGUAGUAUCAAAUAUUUCUAUCAAGUAUCACAAGUAAAAUGUCUCAUUCUGUGGCCAUUGUCAUCCUUAACUUUCCUGUCAUUGAUCCUUUUGGACCGAAUCUUUUCAUUUAGCAAGAAGUAAUGUUCUCAUUUUUGUGUGUUAGUGUUUGAGUGUUCGAUACUUGUGAAGUGUGAAUGUGACUGAGAAUGAAAGGGUGAAUGAAUGUAUGUACUUGUGCAAAUGUGAUGUGCAAUUGAAUGUUUACUUCAGACCUUACCAUCUUUGUAACUAUCAUUAUUUUGUGAUGACUAUUUUUAUGGCCAUGAUUGUUAAGGUUUUGUUGUAUUUUGUUUGUAUAUCUGUUAAAGCUUAGUGCUGUGAUGAGGCGGGAUAUUUUUUUAACAAGAUCUCACCACUUAGCUGGAAAUCAGUUGCUAUUUUCAGCAGAAAAGUGAUUAGUUUUUCUAUUUUGUUUCAAUGUCUUCUUGCAUAUGUGGGUUCACUUUUCAAUAUUAAUUGAUCAUUAGUCAAACAAAGCAAAGAGAAAAUUGUACAGUGUUGUUUUUUCUUUCUUAACUGAGAUUUGAAACAAAUCACACUGUGGAUGAAACAAAUUGAUGUGAUUGUUUAAUGGGGCUGUUCUGUUAUGUUUUUUCUAUAAAGUGUAUCAUUUGUCAAGCUAGAUUUCUAAAUAUUAUAUUCAGCUGUCUAUGUAAACCCACAUAUGCAGUAACGUGUUUUUGGUGAUGUUUUAUUGCUGUUUCAUUGCAGUUUUCUUUUUGAAUACAUUUUAAACACAAAAAUGAAAUUGAAUUACGAUCAUUAGAUGAUGAUGGCUUGAUCAGACUAUAGCGCUUUCUUCCUUUUACCAACUAAAUUUUUACAGCACCACCUUUGAAUCUUGUGGGUGAAAGGCUUGUUAUCACCUGGUGUGUGUGUGUGUGGGAAGCAGGUGUGGAUUCUGAAGUGGAUGGACCUUCCAGUUUUGUAUUGGUUUCAACUUUCUUUUAUUGUCAAUGCAGAGAUUAUUGCAUAAAUUUUCUCAUUCAUCAAGGAAUGGGUAUUGUCAAACAUGUGCUUCUUGCUGGCUACAAUGAAUUUUUCAAAAAAAUAGUUCUAACAUAUAUUUUUGUUAGUUUGGUCUCUGUGCGUAAUUAUGUAAACAUUUCUAUGUGUUCUUUCGUGUGCUUCCAUCAUUUUUUAUCUGGUCAAAUUUGGUAGUUUGUUUGUCCCAGUUCAUGAAGCUCACUUUCCCCUGAGCUUGCUCAAUUACCAAUCUCUGCAAACCUCAGCAGAAAUAAUGUCUUCUUGGUAUUUUAAAAAUAUACCCCUCAAUGUAAGGUAAACCUCUUGUUUUCUAUGAGGCAUCUUUCCCUUUUAAUUUGUGUGUGAUCAGUAGAACUCAGAGUUCAGAUCUGUGAUUUCGUCCAUUCUGUUCAAUUUUUGUUUGUUCUUUGCCUUUUCCUUGGUAAUACCAUGACAAGUUUGGUUUUGAGUGCUCAAAUAAAUUCAUUGUUGGCAAAAAAAAAGUAAGUUUUUAAAAUUUUAGUGUAAAUUGCUUCCCAAAACACAGCAUUCUCAUUCUUAAGGAUUCUGACUUGUCAUGUGUUCCAGUUUUUUUGUUGUGCCAAUUACUUAACUGCAGAACUGCUUAAAACCUGUAAUUUUUCCUUUGACUGAGCUGGUUAAUCCUCUCUAUAAUACCCAACCUUCCAAAUCCUGGCGAAGAAUUUUGACUAGUAGUACCAUUUGUAAAUUGUGCUCUUAAACACAUAAUAUAAAUGUAUGACUUAAAAUGAACAGGGGAAAAUGGUCUUUGUCCUCUUGUGGCUUGCCUCACAUGAGUUGUGUUCAGAUUUACUGUCAAUUUUCUAUUAUGUAAGAGUUAAGGUUUAAAGUGAUGUAUGGGUGUUUGAAUCCCAACCCAGUACCUGCUUUAUUGCCCAAACCACAGAGGUAAAUGACGUUAUAAUAGAAUGCAAGUAUAUUGUCUUGUUUUUGUGUUAAAAAAGAAUGAUUUACUAUAAUUUAACCAUUCUUUCAAAUCAAGAAUAGCAGUUUGAAAAAAGGUCUCAGGUUUCAGCACAGACCUAUCCAAAGCCUAUCUAAGAAAGCACAUGUUGGGCAAAUAGUAAGGAUUAAGUUUAAAAAAAUAAAGUACCUGUUGUGAAAACCAUGCUAAUGAGAGAUCAUUUAGGCACAAGGAUUUCUCUUAAGUAUGACUUUGAAGUUCUGGAACGGGAAAUCUAAACAGCCAACUGAAGUACAGUAUUUGAAAAUCUCAAGUCUGUCAUUGUAUUGAUGUUCCUAAAUAAAUUGAAAACAAAUGUG